AUGGGUGUGGAUCUAUAAAUCUAGCGGAUCUCGGCGGUCCGCUGCUCACAGCAGUCUGACUAGAGUUUAACGGUCCUCUUCUUGAGCUCGGCUCCCAUACAACAGGAAACAUGAACAAAAUCUUUCUCGGAAUCUUUGCAGUUGCUCUUUAUUUCGCAGUGGGUCAGGCGCUGCAGUGUUAUGAGUGUAAACUGGGUUUUUGGAGUCUUUGCAUUACAACCAAAAAGACAUGUGAAGCUGAUGAGCGCUGCUUCAGCGGAGUAGGGAAAGCUGCUGGAUUAGUGGAUAUAAAGAAAAAAGGAUGUCUUAAAGUGGCCGAAUGCAACAAAACUGAACAGGUGAACUUCCCGUCCAACUCAAGCACGCAGGUGUACCAAAUGACGAAGACGUGCUGUUCUACUGACCUGUGCAACUCGGCUCCGGGUCAUUUUCACAUCUCUGCUGUCGGCAUGGCCUUCACUACCAUCAGCUCUGUGUUUGUAGUCAAAUUCCUCAUUUGAGGAGGAUUAUUUCAGCUCACACACACACACACACACACACACACACAUACAAUAUAUAUACAAAACAUCACUGAGAAAAUGAACAAGCCAAAUGAAUUUGUUGCAAAAUAAUUUAUUGAAUGAAUACUCAAAAUAGGUCACACUGAAAUCUGAAAUGUUUUCAGUAGAUUGCCAGAUUGUGAUAAUCUCAACAUACCAUCAAGUUAAUACUUUUUCUACAUAGAAACACAGCAAGAAUUCUUUCAAUAACAGCAACGAAGACCAUUCUGGCUAUACGGUAGAUGAGCACUUCAUUUAACUAACAUUAAUUAAAACCAGCAAUAUAUGGUAAGGGGACUUAGAUACACUUACACACACACAAACAUAUGUCAGCAUGCAAUCAACCACAUUGUUCUAGCUUUCUUUAGGGCAGGUUGAGAAAUAAUACCCUUGUUAAAAAAACCUUUUAGUUGUUGAUGGCAGUUUGCUGUGUAUUUUUAUUAUUAUUCUAUUUUUCCUGAUGUACAUUUCACUCCUAAUACAUGGUCUCCUAAAUAGACCAGAGGGUUUGGCUGUCAAAACAUGAAUGCAUGAAUGAUGCUUAUGAAAUCAUUUGGUUUAAAUGUUAAGGGUUUUAUCUAUAGCGUUUUACGUGUAUGCCUAUUCAUUUACACAGGACAUUCUUCAUUUGUCAAAGCCAUUUUUGUAAAACGUGUAAAGCUGUCAACAUUAUAUUUUGUUCACUUGUUUGUUUGUUUGAUGAACAUCACAUCCUUUAUUGAAAGAAGUUUAUGUAAAGGGCAAGGCAUGUUUUUCGGAGGUCUUCCAUCAGCAGCAUCCACAGAAUUCAGCACUCACUCAGCUGAGGUGAAGGUGCUGUGCCCUGCAUUGACAAACGACCUGUUUUAGUUGCCAUCAUAAUGUGUGUACAAACUGCAAAUAUAAGAGCAGUGCAGCUGUAAUAAAACUGUUUAACUCCUGUGA